AUCGCCGCGCUACUUAUAGACCGCGGCGCUGACUAUGAAUCUGUUGACAACCUUGGCCGCGAUGUCCUCGUGACUGCUGUGUGGCGAAAUCGGAUCCAUCUUGUCAAGUUACUCUUAAACAAAGGAGCGAAAGUCGACCGUGUCGACCGUCGAGAGAGGAACAUCUUUCACCACAUUGCUGGAGACAGUGACAGAGGUCUGCAAGCGGAUACAUCCACUGGAGAGGAGAUUCUACGACUUCUAUUGGCAGAAGCUGGGCCGAAACACCUCGAAGCCCAAGAUGCUCGGUUGAGGACUCCGCUGCACUGGGCUGCCGCAACAGGCAAUUGCUUCGUUGCAGCUGCCCUCUUAAAAGAUCGCAAUGUAAAUGUGAACGCAGUAGAUCAUAACGGAAGGAGCGCGCUGCACCUCGCCGUGCGGUGGGUGAAUGUGCUUCUUGAGCACGGCGCAAAGAUUGGAGCUGAGGCUGACGGCGGCUUCACUCCGUUUCAUACAGCAUGCGCAGAUCAACCCAACCCUGCAGUGCUCGAUCUGCUGUUGAGAGGCCGCGAUGAAGCUCAUCGACGGACGAUACUCCGACGCAAGACAUUGAGUGGUCGUUCCGCAUUACAUCUUGCCUGCGAAGUUGGCAACACCAGAGUUAUUGAGUAUCUUUUGGCUGACCCAGCCGUGAUCACCACCACGAGGGACAAUUUCGGUAACUCGCCGUUGCUCAGUGCCGCUUUCAGUAAGCAUAGAAAUGUCGUAGAGUUACUGGCGCCGUACAAACAGGCACACAUCGAUCGAUUGGGUGAGGCCGCGAAAGCCGCAGCUCAGCAAUUCAACGCCACGAUUAUCAACUUCGGAGAGUACAAACGUGGCAAUGAAGUGGACAAACGAAAAAGCGUCUUUGAUGUACUCUACAGCAAUCCUCGUGAGGUCAAGAACGGCGAUGCUGGAGUAAGCACUGUAUGCAGAAAGGGUGAUUCGACGCGGUUUAGGUGGAUACAUCUUCCGGUUAAUAAUGUUGCAUGGUGUCAGGAACUACUCACCAAGCGCUUUAUUGAGGAGGGUGCGAAAGAUGUCGAAGCCUUCAAGGCUGUCGAGCGCUCUUUCAUGCACCAGCAUCGUGGACAGAGAUUUCACUCCAGCUACAUGCGACCAAUGUGCCAAUCAAUUGGCCGCACGGUGCAGGCGUCUCCUCCAGCGGAUACCACGUCAGUCAACGAACAUGCGCUUUCACCCAGUACCGACACGAACGAGCGGGCUAGACAGCGGUUGACACUGCGUACGGAUGUAGAGAUUGUCGAAACGCAGCCGUCUCCAAGCUCCGGCACUGCGGCAGAAGACAACUUUAUUUCGCCUGAAGCAGUGGUACCCGGAGCGACAGUCUCCGAUGGUCGACUACCUUACCCUCGGCGGCAUUCAACGUCGAGCAUAAACCGGGGCGGGCUGCUUGCACCACCGGAGGAGGCUGAUGGCAUUCGGCCAGUCCAGCGGUCGUCAACUCUGGAAAGUUGGGAUGAGCGUGAGCCGCCCGAGCGUCAUCGACCCAAAGAGCGCCCUGUGCUACAUCAGCGCAAGCGAAGAGGGAGUAGUGCAUCCAAAUCUAAGGUUGAAAUGGACGACCUAUCAAGCGUGGCGGAGCACAACGUGUUUCUAUUCGCACCAUAUCUCCACUUCGAAUUUGACGAUGAGCGGAAGGAGAUGCAGAAAGCCAUCGAAGAUGCCGGAAUGUCAAAUGGUCACAGCAGGCCGACAGCCAUCGCCUUCCAGGAAGUCCUGCCAAGCCCAGAGGAGCUGCUAAUUCGUGCACAUCUUCAUGACCAGCUCCACAUCCGUCGCACAUUAGACCAGUCAUUCUUUCGCAAUAUCGACACGUCUGUGCGCGAUGCAGACCAGGUCAUCUACCGCUACGAGAAAGAACUGAUGAAGCAAGGUGGAGGCAACGAGAAGCUAAAGGUUCUGAUGGUCGAUCAGCUUUGGAUGUGGGUGGUGGGUAAAGAUCUACUGAUAACAAGCUUCCCGCGACGGUGGCGCCAGACACGCAAAGACCACCCGUUGAAUGUGCUUGAAGGCAUUAUCGAGGAGAUCAAUGCUAACACUGGCGAAAAUGUGCGGAACAUCUACGAAUUGGCUGUGCUUAUCGCAGGUCGUUGCUUUGGCGCCUUCGAUUGCUCUGGGGUCCGAGAAGACGGCUCGAAGUUUCUGGACAUGUUCGAGUCUUCCAUUGGGCUGGCUAUGGAUCAGGAGACCAAGUUGUUCGCCGAGUUCAAACAUGCUUCUCAAGAAGUAUCUGACUUCCUGUUGAGUCGACACGAGCAGCAGUCGGCGCAGGCCAAGGCACACAGUAAAAGGGCACGCAAAUUGUCGUCGUCAAAGCUACCACGGAAUGCUAAGGAAUUAUCACCCGGCCAAGAGCCUGAAGAGAUCCACACACUUAUGGAAAUCGGGGCGGAGACCAAGCUACUGUCCGACGUAAAGGACAUCAGAGACGAGCUGGAUAUGCUGAAGAUAGUGUUCCAGCAACAGCAGCAAGUCCUUCCACAAGUCUUGGACACCAUGGAAGGCAUUUUCGGCGACAAUCCCAUGAUCAAAGCGCAACGAGCGAAGGUGGAACGGAGACUGCAGAUCAACGAAAGAGCGGUGUCUCAUCACGUCAACGAGAUCAAGCGCAUGGACAAGCAAGCCGAGCGAGUGUAUCUCUCCAUCCGCGACCUGCUCGACCUCAAACAGAAGCACGCCAAUGCGUCUGAGGCUCGAUAUGCGCGAUACGAGGCGGCAGAGACCGCUCACCAGGGCCAAAUUCUGAUGGUCUUUACGAUCGUCACUGUCAUCUUCUUGCCCCUAUCGUUUAUCGCCACCUUCUUCGCUCUCGACAUCACAGAAUUUCCGCAUCAAGGCUCCGACCAGCAGCUUCCUAUGGGAUAUGUGCUGAAAUACCUACUUGGUAUCGGACUGUCGUUCGCUGUACUAUGUGUCAUCGCUGCCUUGUCCUUUGACAAGAUUGCGCGGUUAUUGAAGACUAAUUGG